AUGGAUAGCAAUGGAUCUGUGGUGAUACACUUUGAACAUGGUGUAGACCGACAUAUUUCUACUUUGGUGAUGAAAGGAAGAUAUGAGGAGAUUACUUAUUCCCACUUGGUUGAUAGAAUAGGCAAAAAACUGAAGAUUGAUGUAGAUGCCACCAAGCUUCAACUGAGUUACUUUCCGCUGGUCUUGAAUAAUAAAAAUUCUUGUUAUAUCUUGAAUGAUGAAGAUGUUUUAGGAUAUUUGAUGAUGGUAGAUAAGAAGAACCGACGUUGUGUCUUGCAUGUGGAACUUGCCAAAAUCGUCUCAGAAAAUCAGAGCAACGAGAUGUUUUCUAUGAAUGAGGAAAAUCUGAGUGAUGCCAGAGCUAAUGAUGGCAUAGUUGAAGUUGGAGAGUUGGAAAUUGUUCCUCAUAUUCAGGAGGAUGAGUUUGAGCAUGAGAAAAUCAGUGAAGAGGGUGAUGAAAUGGAUGAUAGGGAGGAGUUGCCGGCUGUUACAGCAGUUGAACCUCCUGUUGUCAAUUCAGAAUGGGAUGAUGGCAUUGAUAUUAGUCUUCAUCAAGAAUUUGCGACUAGAGAAGAAGUGAGGGAUUUAGUGGACAAAGGUGUGCAUUCCAAUUGUUUUGAGGUUGAUAUACAGAAGUCGAAUCCUCGGGUUUACAUAUUGAAAUGUCGUGGGGCUGGAUGCAUAAGUGUCAUGAAGAAGAAGAAAAGAGGCACGCCAAGCUUGGUCGCAUCAGUGGUGCACUCUGAUUAUCCCGGCAAAUACAAGACUCCGGAUCCAAAGACUCUCAUAGAUUUGGUGCAGAACAAGCUGGGUGUUAAGGUUUCAUAUUCUACGGCUUUGAGAGGGAAAAAUAAAGCUUUGAGUGAUUUACGUGGUAACCCGGAGGAGAGUUUUGCUAGGCUGCCAUCUUACUUGUACAUGUUACAAAGGAUGAAUCCUGAUACCAUUACACGAUUAGAAGUGGAUGAGAAGAACCAGUUUAAGUAUAUGUUCUUUGCGCUCGGAGCUUGCAUCGAAGGGUUCAAGGCGAUGAGGCAAGUGAUAAUAAUGGAUGGAACUCACCUGAAGGGUGUGUACAAAGGAGUGCUUCUCAUUGCCACUGCUCAAGAUCCAGAUCAUCAUCAUUAUCCCCUUGCUUUUGCAGUAGUAGAUGGUGAGAAAAAUGCAAGCUGGGAGUGGUUUUUAACUAUAUUAAAAACUUUGAUACCAAAUGAUCCUCAGCUUGUAUUUUGUACUGAUAGAAACCAAAGCAUCAUCAAGAAAGUACACGAGGUAUACCCAUUGGCGAUCCAUGGAUAUUGCAAUUAUCACUUGUCUAAUAAUGUCAGCGGAGCUUGCAGCAAUGUUAACAAGAAAGGGGUUGCCAAAAAAUUUAGCAGUAUUGCUGGUAUUUACAGUGAGGUGGAGUUCAUCAAAUGCUACAACGAUUUCAGGAAAAUGUAUCCUCAAGCGGCCGAGUAUCUAGAUGACAGUGUUCAUGAGACAAAAUGGGCAAGAUGUAAAUUUCCGGGAGAAAGGUACAACAUAGACACAACCAACACUGUUGAAUCUAUCAAUGGUGUUUUGAAGGAACCAAGGAAAUAUGCGUUGUUGCCAAUGCUUGAUGUGAUCGUGGAAAAGAUAACAGAAUGGUUCAACAAAUACCGUCUAUUAUCUCUACGCGUACCAGAGAGGCAGAUACUAAUCCCACAUGUGCAUGGGAUAUUGCAUCACAUAUAUCCUUCGGCUAAAAAGCUGAAGGUGACCGAGCUAAAUACAUUUGAAGGUCACUACAAUGUGCUUGGCGAGGAUGAUCAUGGUUAUUUGGUUGAUCUGAGCAACAAAACAUGCUAUUGUAGGUGUUUUGAUAUUGAUCGGUAUCCUUGUGUGCAUGCACUUGCUGCCAUCAUGGCGCGUGGAGAAAUGGCUGAACAUUAUUGUUCUAGGUUGUCCUCCCUCCGUAUGUGGAGAAAAAAAAAAGGAAGACUACAAGUUACUAGAUUCCCAUCUGCCGGAGAAUAUCGGAGGAAGAGAAAGAAGAAGUUUCCACCAUUGAUUGGUGAAAACGAAGAAAGUGGCAGUGAUGGCACUGACAGUGAUAGCAGUGGUAGUGACAGCAGUGACAGCAGUGGAAAUGAGAACGAAUGA